AUGACACAACGUUAUGAAGAUGGCAUGGCUAUUGUUCUUAAUGGUGGUAAACCAAAUAUUUUUCUAACAAUGACAUGCAAUCCUUCUUGGAGUGAGAUAACAUCAGAACUUUUGCCUUUUCAAACACCACAAGAUCGUCCAGAUUUGCCAACAAGAAUAUUUCGUUCGAAAUUUGAGAAAUUGAAGGAUGAUGUUAUUAAUAAAGGAGUCUUGGGUAAAGUUAAAAGCUACAUGUAUGUCACUGAAUUUCAAAAGCGAGGAUUGUCGCAUGUGCAUAUGUUGUUGGUCUUAGAAAGUAACGAUAAGUUGCGUGACCCAAAAGAUUAUGAUAGUAUGGUAAGAGCAGAAAUACCUAAAUUAGAAUGUGAACCACAGUUGCAUGAAGUUGUUGUAAGACAUAUGAUCCACGGACCUUGCAGCAUAAUCAACCGAAAGUCUCUAUGUAUGAAAGACGAACAUUGUAAAAAAAGGUAUCCCAAACAAUUCUUGGAUGAAACACGUCAAGGCACUGACUCAUAUCCCAAGUAUAGAAGAAGGUUUGAUGAGUCUGUAUCGUUAGGUAGAGAUAGGUCUGUCGAUAAUAGAUGA